UUGCGGCAGUAGGCAUAUGAUUGUCCUCGGACGUUUUUCUGAGCGUGGAUCGCAGGCUAUCGCAGGUUCACCAAAGAAUGGUCAUCUGCUUGAUACCUCGAUCUCCCUGGGAAUCCUGGGGCCGGGAGCUCAUAUGAGCCUCUGGUCGCGCCUUUUCAAACAUCUACUGCACUGACACCAUGACAGCCCCUUCGACUCGUGUGGCGAUUGUCACCGGAGCAGCGCAAGGUAUUGGCCUGAGCAUUGCUCUCAGAUUUGCAGACGAUGGAUUGGAUGUUGCCGUCAACGACAUUGCCCCAAAGAGCAGCAAAUUGGAAGAAGUCGUGUCGCAGAUCCGCGCGAAAGGCAGGCGAUCUCUGGCUCUACCCGGCGAUGUGUCCAAUGAGGAAGAAGUCAAGGCGAUGGUUGCCAGAGUGGUCGAGGAGCUCGGUAGUAUCGAUGUGAUGGUAGCCAACGCGGGCAUUGCGUUGCACAAGCCGUUCCUCGAGACGACCACGGAAGAAUGGGAGCGCGUCGUGGCGAUCAACUUGCGAGGCGUCAUGUUGUGUUAUAGAUGUGCUGCCACACAGAUGAUCAAACAAGGACGCGGCGGCAGAAUCAUCGGCGCGAGUUCUCAAGCAGGAAGAAUCGGUACUACUAGUUUAGCCGCAUACAGCGCGACGAAGUUCGCCGUCCGUGGACUGACGCAGACUGUCGCCCUGGAGUUGGCGCCGCACAGGAUCACUGUGAAUGCCUACGCCCCAGGAUUCAUCAUAACCGACUUAGCUUAUCAUCCCGAUGAUACGAAGAACGGAGGAAAACCCGGUUCGACGGUCAAGAAGCUGUUCGGAUUGCCACUCGACUCGCCUGAAGCAGGACCCGAGACGGUGGCAAGCAUGGUGUCUUACCUUGCUAGUCCAGAAUCGCACUUCGUCACAGGUCAAACGAUUUUAGUCAACGGCGGCAUUCUGAUGGAUUGAAUCCGAACGUCUCGAGCCUCAACGCGCGGAGAUGCCACCAGAGUCAGUCCACAUUGCCGUCCGUCUAGUAAGUAUUCGUUCGAUGGUAAGCAAGUACAGGGUGAAUGGGCCGCUAACG